AUGUCUUCCACAGCCUCUCCGAUUCCCGUCGAUUUCUACAAUUCGUUGCCGCCGUCUAACUAUUCACUGUUCGAUUUGACGGUCACUCCAAUGUCCUACAAAGACCGAAUCACCGUGGAAUUCAUUUUGAACGGAAACUCCUGGCUCCUCAGCUCUUUCCUUUUCCUCUUCGUCCGAUUCAGAAGAAGCAUCUGGAAUUCCCUCAAGGUCUCUCUCCUUCUCUCACUCUCCCUUUCCAAUAUUUCCCGUUCAGAGUACAAUUGUGUUCGUCACAGUCGGCUCGUUCCUUCUGAAUAUUCCGCUGCUUCUGUUCCAAGCGUGGAUGGUUUUCAAUCUUCAAAUGGCAAUUCAGCCCGUCUAUUCCAUUUUUGUUUGUUCUUUUCUCAAAAACCUCUGCAGUUCGACGACGUCCGCGUACCAAGUGCUUCCCUUCGUGAGUUCCUUUUCCGCCCAUCCAAUUCAUCCACAAUUUUCCAGGCAGUUUCCCUCUAUCGCUACCGGACCGUCGUGCUCAAAGGCCAUCCGGGACCGUUGUUCGUCGUCAGUGUGCACUUUAUUGUCACGAUGAUAUUUGUGAGUGAGACAACACUCCCGCAGAUAUUUUUUGAUUUCAGAUAUUCUACGCGUUUCUCAAUUAUCCGUUCGGCGAGAAUACCAAGAACGACGUGUGCUACACGCUACGAUUUAGCAAUGCGAUGGAAUUAAUUCGUGUGAGAAUUUCUGUCCCUUUCAGGGUUUUUCGGGGCUCGACUUGGUAUAAUAUACCUAACUGGAAAGUCUCAGUCCGAUCGGGUCUAGAGAUAUAGUGAGUACUUUCCGGCUUCAAAACACACCUCGAGAUGAGGUAAUCCAAUCGGGCUGAAACUUUCCAGGAUAAUAAUCCCAAGUGCGUCAACAGUCUCAUCCCCUACAACCUCCUAUUCCAGAUCUUCUCCACUCUCUUCUUCAACAUCGCUGCCAUUAUUGUCAACUGCGUCAUCCUCCGAUUUGUGAAACACUUUGAAAGUGAGAGCAAAAGUGAUGUUUUCCUCUGCCCGGUGCCUCCCGAUUUCAUCCCUUCUUCCCUAUUCAGACGUUCAAUCGAAACGUGUCCAGCUGACGCAGAGCCUGCUCAUCCAGUCCGUCAUCCCCGUGCUCGUCUCACUUCCUCUUCUGCUCGGCUCUUUCGAGUUCUACUUCGGUCAGUUUUCCCCGGGCCAUCCCACAGUGAUCCCCUCCGCUUCCAGGCAUUCCGCUGCCCAGUUCGUUCUCUUCCACGUGGUACGCCACCACUUUCCUCGGUCCUUUUCUCAUGCCGCUCUCCUCGAUUCUCGGCAUUCGGAGUACCCGUCGCGAGCUUGUCAACGUCCUGCUCUGCGGAUGUUUCCCGCAUCCACCGACCCGACAGAGCCAAAUGAAGUCAGCCGUCACCGUCAUUAUGGUUUCGAAGCACAGCACUUUUACCGUCAGAGACGACGACUAG